UUAUACAUAGUGCAAGGGGCUGUACAUAUCAUGACCAAUUUUUGGCUGUCAGAAUGGUCGGAAACUGGCGUUGCCACAAACAAUAAGACAGAGGCUCAAUUGGAUAAAGAAUUGGACUAUUAUCUCAAUGGAUAUGCAGGAUUUUCGUUCGGCUAUGCCGGUGUCAGUCUCUUAACAGUCGCCGCUAUCGUUAUAUGCUCUUUAUUUUCCAUUAGAAGAAUGUAUAUCAGACUGUUACGUAAUAUUGUUCAUGCGCCAUUGAGAUUCUUUGAUACAACCCCACUCGGUCGUAUAUUGAAUAGGUUUUCAACGGAUACACAGGUUAUAGAUCAGCGGCUAUGGAAGACGAUAGUUCAUAUAGCACAGGCGUCACUUCCUUGUGUCUCAGCUAUCGUUGUCAGUGCUGUGGUGACUCCAAUAUUUAUAGGUGUAGUGGCGCCUGUUAUUAUUCUCUAUUAUUUUGUACAAUCAUAUUUUCUAUCCUCUGCUCGGUGAGUGCAA